AUGGAGAAGAAUCAUCAGAAGACGAGUUUCACGUUUGAGAUAGAUAACUUUUCGGAGAAGACGGAUGUCAUCUCUUCUCCUAUAUUCAUAAGCGGCGGGUGCGAAUGGUUUGUUAGAGUUCACCCGAAGAGAUACCUUAAUAAAGAUCAUGUGUCUGUGUAUCUGCACGUUGCAAACCCUGAAUCAUUACAACCUGGUUGGAAAAGGAGAGCUAACCAUGCAUUCAUUAUGUUGAAUCAAUCCGGAAAAGAGCUCAAAAGAACAUCUGAAGCAUGCGACUUGUUCUGUAAUGAGGUCCCAGCAUGGGGUUAUCCCAAAGUAUUGCCUGUUAGCAAGCUUAAAGAAGAAGAGUUUUUAGAGAAUGACAAACUGAUCAUUAAAGUGGAGCUACAAGUAGUUGAAGUUGUUCAUAAAGGAAACACAAGUGGGACAGAGAUGUUAGAUAUCAAUGGUUUCCAGGUUCCUUAUACUCAGGUUAGCUCAGUGAGUUGGAUGUUUGCAGAGCACCCAGACAUAGCAGUAGAUUUCAAACCCAAGAGCCAAUUGGUGAGAACGGCAUACAUGAAUGUCCUCCUAAGCCUCAUGGAGAAACUAAACAAGCCUCCACAGAGUCUCUCGGUUGCUGACCUAAUAAACGCUUACAAUGAUUUGAGCAAGCUAACAGAAGCCGGAUUUAAGCUGGAUUGGUUAAAGACAAAGCUUGAUAAGCUUUCAUUGAAAAGAGAGAAAGAGAAAGAGAAAGCAGAUGCUGAUGGGUCUCAUGUCCAACAACUUGAGGAGCGUGUCAAGAAUCCUGAGCUGAUGGAAUUGAAGUUGAAGCUGGACUAUUUGCAGACAAAGCUUGAGGAGGUUUCCUUGGAGAGGGGAAAAGCAGAAGAUGCUGACAGGUCUCGAGUCCAACAACUUGAGGAACGUGUUAAGGAUUUUGAGCUGAUGGGAAUAGACUCUAAGCUAGACUGUUUGAAGUCAAAUCUUCAGGAGCUUUCCUCGGAGAGAAAGGAAUCAUAUUAUGCUAAUAAGUCUCGGGUCAUACUAACCGAGGAACGUGUCAAGAAUCUUGAGCUUAUGGAAUUAGAUGUUAAGCUGGAAGGUUUGACUACAAAGCUUGAGGAGGUUUCCUUGGAAAGGAAAAAGUCAGAUGAUGCUAAUGGGUCAGUAGUCAAACAACUUGCGGAACGUGUCAAGAAUAUUGAGCUGAUGCAAUUAGACUUCAAACAGGACUUGAAGUCAAAGCUUGAUGAGGUUUCCUUGGAAAGGAAAAAAACAGAUGAUGCUAUUGAGUCAGUAGUCACACAACUCAAGGAACGCAUCAAGAAUCGUGAGCUGAUGGAAUUGAACCAUAAAGUGGACGUGAAGUCAAAGCUUGAACAUACUUAUUUGGCGAGGAAGAAAACAGAUGAUGCUUAUACGUCUCGGGUCCAACAACUUGAGGAAUGCGUCAAGAACCUUGAGCUGAUGGUGUUGGAUCUCAAAGUUGAAGUGGACAAGGAAAAGGCCAAAUUUUGUGAUGAUGAUUUUUUGUUGGUGAACGAGUUUGGAUCAAGUGAUUAGACUACUAUCGUUUCCUUUGUUUCGUUUUAAUUUUGCUUUAAGAGUUCUAGUUAAUUCAUCAUUCUCUCUUUAGUCAAAAGGCCUAGUUAUGUUUGAUGGUUUCAUUCUCUGUUUUAUCUCUCUUGCCAGUUUUGGCUGAUCUCUCACUUUUUGACUAUAAUUUUUGGUUCGAUCUUGUUUUGGGUUUAAGUGUCCUGAUCCGAUUCCAACCAACAAACCAAUUCUUCA